UUCCUUCAUUCUGUUUCACAGUGACAACUAAACCAAUAAAAAAAAGAAACAAAAAUAACAUUAUCUAAACAAAUUCUAUCUUUUACAAUAUCUGUCUAUCCUAAUUUCCUUCUUCACACAAACACUGCAAAUGGUUGGAGCUUUAACAAACACUUUGAGCCAUAACCAACAAAUUCCAAAACAUUGAAACCACAAAUCAGAAACAUUGCAACGUUCAAUCUUUAAGCAUGUCUUUGUCCCUUUCUUGUGGUAUCACAAAGCCAUUUUUAAAGUUCAACAGCAGCUUGAAGUAUCAACAACAACACAGGCCAAAUAUUUCAGUAGCAUUGGUGAGGUGUGAAUCAAAAGACUCAUCAGAGGAGAAUGAGUUGCUUGAAAAACGUUCAAAGUUGGAUAAAGGGUCUCCCAUUAUUAUCAUUGAAGCUCCAAAGAUGAUCAAAACUGCAGCUUCUGUCCCUUGCCUCAGAGUUAAUUCUGGCUUAGUCAAACCUGGUGAUGUUGGAAGAAUUGUUUCAAGAAAACCAAAAGAUGUGUGGGCAGUACGGCUCAGCAUUGGAACUUAUCUUAUUGAUGGCAAAUAUUUCAAGCCCUUAGAUCUGGCUCAGAAUAGCUAGCUGAAUAACCCAUUCACAAAUUGUGGACUUUGUUUUAAAAUAUGUCAAGCAAAAUAUUAUAUUGACAAAAUUUCACUUCUCCCUUAACUUAAUUUUAAAUCACGAUUUCGUUUUUUA